ACCAAGAAUAUUAUGAAUAUUUUACCAUUUAAUGAGUGUCAUUUUUGUGACUUUCUCCUUUUAUUGCUAUUUUUGAGACAAAAACUCAAAAUGUGCUAUUAUUGACAAUUUCCCUUUAAAUAACUUACUCGUCAAGAAAUAUUUAACUUAUGUCUUUGCGCUGGAUGCUUUUAACGUGAUUUUUGCAUGUAGGAUAGAUCACUCGACAAUUCAGCUCCUUCUUACGAUAAUUGUUAAAUCAAAUUAUCGGCAUAUGGUUAUUGAAAUACAGACACGCUAUUUCCGGACAUAUCUCCAGUAUGAAUUAAAUGGUAAAUCCUCUAUUUAUAUAUCAUAUGUUUAUAAUUCAACUUCCUUCUUAUGCUCUCUUCUCUGCACAAAAUCAAACAUCUCUAGUUAAUGGCUUCGAUCGGUUUAUUUGAAGCAUUCCUAGCUUUGUUUUGCUUUCUUAUCGUCAAUUAUUUUCUCAACAAGAAACCCUUUGAUUUCUUGCACAUCAAGAAAACCCUUCAAAGCUACCCCUGGAACUGGCCCUUCUAUGGGAUGACUCCAGGUUUGCUUGUGAGGAUCCACCGGAUAAACGACAGCGUUGAGGUUCUCGAGAACUCUAACAUGACGUUCCCAUUCAAGGGUCCAUGGUUUGCUGGGAAGAAUGUAUUAAUCACAGUCGAUCCAGCUAAUAUUCAGCAUAUAGUGAGCUCAAACUUCUCCAACUAUAUCAAAGGUGCAGAGUUCCAAGAGAUCUUUGAAGUUUACGGAGACGGGAUAAUCAACUCAGACGCCGAGCGAGCUAGCAAGCUGAAGAAGUGUUAUCAGGCCCUACUCCAUCAUCAAGGGUUUCAAAAGGAUUCAAUGAGCGUCACAACAAGCAAGCUCAAGGACGUGUUAUUGCCUCUUUUCAAUCAUUUUUCAGAGGCAGGAACGGUCGUGGACUUACAAGAUGUGUUCCGGAGAUUCACGUUCGACACUACCUUAGUUACGAUAACUGGGUCUGAUCCUAGAUCUCUCUCCAUUGACAUGCAUGAAAAUGAGUUCGUUAAAGCAUUAGACGAUGUUGCGGAAGCGAUUGUGUAUAGGCAUUUUACACUAAGAUUCAUGUGGAACCUCCAAAAGUGGAUAGGGUUUGGACCAGAGAAGAAGAUGGUAGAAGCUGAUGCAAUAAUUGAUCGUGUUUGUGCAAAAUAUAUAUCAGCUAAGAGAGAUGAGAUACAACAAGGGACACAAGAUGGAGCCACUUCCUGGUUUUAUUUUUCACAUGAAGCACGGUCUUAAAGUCACAUUUAAGAAAAGAUGCUCUACUUAAAAAUUGAAAUAAUGAAUGCUUAAAAUAGAUGUUUUAGAAGCUCUCAAAACUUGUAUAAAAAUAACAAGGUAAUGGUGUUUCA